GACCACAACCACGACGAGCACGAUGGACAGCGCGUCGUUGAGACUGGAGCCGGCCUUCGCUUACUUGUCUUAUUCUCUCUCUCGCCUCGAAACCACGUUCUACAGGUUUCCGGGUUCUCACGUCGUCGCUCGCUAUGUCAAGUCCUCGCACCAGAACGACCCUGGUCGCACGGUACUCGAAAUCAUCCUCAUCAUCUUCGCUAUCAGGACUCUCUUGCAAGCUCGUACCCGAUCAGACAGCGGCGGAAAGCAUUUCAUACAAUUCACGGAGAAGGAAAUAGACGAGCUUAUCGACGAAUGGACCCCCGAGCCCCUAGGACAACCCCUUUCUCCGGAGGAAGAGGCUGAUCUAGCUUCAGUUCCAAUUGUCUCUGGCCCGAAUGGCUCGAAGCCCAAGCUGGUCAGCACUGGCAAGCAGGUGCUCAACCUUGCCAGUUUCAACUUCACCGGACUUGCUGGCAACGAGACCAUCAAACAACGUGCUAUCGAGACUCUUCGCAAGUACGGCGUAGGCAGCUGCGGACCUCCUGGAUUCUACGGCACUGCUGAUGUACACCUGGACCUUGAGCACGAGAUUGCUGAUUUCUUGGGUGCCGAAUCUUCUAUACUGUACUCUCAAGGCUUCUCCACGAUAUCCUCUGUCAUCUCUGCGUUCGCCAAGCGCGGCGAUGUCGUCGUUGCCGAUCGCGGUGUCAACUUCGCUAUCCAGAAAGGUCUACAGAUCUCGCGCUCUACCAUCCGCUGGUUCGACCACAACGAUCUGAAAAGCCUGGAAGACGUUCUGGAGAGCGUUGACAAGGAACGAAGGAAGCGAAGGUCGCCCCUAACUAGGCGGUUCAUCGUCACAGAAGGCAUUUUCGAGAAAGAUGGGGCCAUGGUCGAUCUACCUAAGCUUGUUGAGCUCAAGUACAAGUACAAGUACCGCUUGAUCCUAGAUGAGAGCAUCUCCUUUGGCACCGUCGGAAGAACUGGACGCGGACUAACAGAACUUUACAACGUUCCAGCAACUCAAGUGGAUAUGAUCGUCGGUUCUGUCGCGAACACCUUGAACGCCGGCGGCGGUUUCUGUGCGGGAUCCAAGAAUAUUAUUGACCACCAACGUAUCAACGGCACUUCAUUUGUCUUCUCCGCUGCUUCUCCUCCCCUGCUUGCUGUCAGCGCAUCAGAAGGUAUCAACAUCUUGCGCAAUACUCCCUCUAUUUUGAGUACACUCCAAGAGAACAUUCGCGUGAUACGCUCCAUCCUUGACCGUGUCGAAUACAUCACGAUCCCUUCACACCCUGCAAGCCCCAUCAUUCACAUACAAGUCCGGCCUGGCUCUUCGUCGACCCUGCAGCUCCCUUCCCCAUCGGCUAGCAAACCGUCUAAUCCCGUUUCAGUUCAACCACGCGAGCCCGCAGUGUUUGACAUCGAGUUGGAGGAGCGUUUGCUGCAAGAUAUCGUUGACGAGGCCCUUGUUCAAGGUGUCUGGACGACGAGGGCGAAGCGAUUGAGGGGUCAAGAGCUCGUUGAAGUUCGGCCAAGUGUGCGCCUGGCCGUUUCGUCUGCGUUCACGAAGAAGGAAUGCGAGAAAGCCGCCAAUGUGAUCAAGGCUGCAGUUGUCAAAGUACUUGCAAAGCGUCGGUAGAGCGUUUCCAUGAUGUUUCAGGAUUAUGCUACCAUAUAGAUAUACCUAUAAUACCGAGCUGAUGCUUCGCCAUAAGUCGGCAGUUACUGAAAAGCAAGGAUUCAUACUGCCACAAAGAGAUGCGGAAUGGAAAACUACAUUGCAGAUACUGGUCC